UCCGGAAGCUACCGCAGGGGCUGCUGGGAGAGGGCGGAAGUAAACAUUACGCGUUUGGCUUCGUUUUGAUCGGAUGGUUUUCGAGUGAUCUUGUGGCCGCCGGAGUGGUGGAGUCCACAUCACCAUGUCAGCAGCAGCUGUGGACGCAGUUAAUGCUGCACCCCUGUCGGGGUCCAAAGAAAUGAGUUUGGAGGAACCAAAGAAGAUGACUAGAGAGGACUGGAGGAAGAAGAAGGAGCUAGAAGAACAGCGAAAACUGGGUAAUGCUCCUGCAGAAGUUGAUGAAGAAGGGAAAGACAUCAACCCUCAUAUUCCUCAGUAUAUCUCAUCCGUACCAUGGUAUAUUGAUCCAUCGAAAAGACCUACUUUAAAGCAUCAGAGACCACAGCCAGAGAAACAGAAGCAAUUCAGUUCAUCUGGAGAAUGGUACAAGAGGGGUGUGAAAGAGAAUUCCAUAACUACGAAGUACCGCAAAGGAGCCUGUGAAAAUUGUGGGGCCAUGACACACAAAAAGAAAGACUGCUUUGAGAGACCCAGGCGAGUUGGAGCCAAAUUUACAGGUACUAAUAUCGCUCCAGAUGAACAUAUCCAGCCUCAACUGAUGUUUGACUACGAUGGGAAGAGGGAUCGAUGGAAUGGCUACAAUCCAGAAGAACACAUGAAAAUUGUAGAAGAGUAUGCCAAAGUUGAUCUGGCAAAACGAACACUGAAAGCCCAGAAACUCCAGGAAGAACUGGCCUCAGGAAAAUUAGUAGAACAAGCUAAUUCUCCAAAACACCAGUGGGGAGAAGAGGAACCAAAUUCUCAGACGGAAAAAGAUCAUAAUAGUGAAGACGAAGAUGAAGAUAAAUAUGCAGAUGACAUUGACAUGCCUGGGCAGAAUUUUGACUCUAAGAGACGAAUUACUGUUCGGAAUCUCAGAAUUCGAGAAGAUAUUGCAAAAUAUUUGAGAAAUUUAGAUCCAAAUUCUGCCUACUAUGAUCCAAAAACUAGAGCAAUGAGAGAGAAUCCUUAUGCCAAUGCAGGAAAGAAUCCAGAUGAAGUGAGUUAUGCAGGAGAUAACUUCGUUAGAUACACAGGAGAUACCAUUUCAAUGGCUCAGACACAGUUGUUUGCUUGGGAGGCGUAUGACAAAGGAUCUGAAGUGCAUCUGCAGGCAGAUCCCACAAAACUAGAAUUGUUGUAUAAGUCCUUCAAAGUCAAAAAAGAAGACUUCAAAGAGCAGCAGAAAGAAAGCAUCCUGGAAAAGUAUGGUGGCCAAGAACACCUGGAUGCUCCCCCAGCUGAACUGCUGUUAGCCCAAACUGAAGACUACGUGGAGUACUCAAGACAUGGAACAGUCAUCAAAGGACAGGAGCGGGCAGUUGCCUGCUCCAAGUAUGAGGAGGAUGUGAAGAUCAAUAAUCACACACAUAUCUGGGGAUCUUACUGGAAAGAAGGCCGAUGGGGAUACAAGUGCUGUCACUCUUUUUUCAAGUAUUCCUAUUGUACUGGAGAAGCUGGAAAGGAGACUGCCAAUUCUGAGGAAUGUAUUAUAAAUGAUACAGGUGGAGAAGAGUCUGCAAAAAAGCCACAAACCCUCAUGGAAAUGCAUCAGGAGAAAAUGAAAGAAGAGAAAAAGAAGAAAAAGAAGAAGAAGAAGAAGCAUCGCAGGAGCAGUUCAGAUAGUGAUGAUGAAGAAAAGAAACAUGAGAAAUUGAAAAAGGCACUCAAUGCAGAGGAAGCCCGCCUCCUUCAGGUCAAGGAGAUCAUGCAGAUCGAUGAGAGGAAGCGGCCUUACAAUAGCAUCUAUGAGACUCGAGAGCCCACUGAAGAGGAAAUGGAAGCCUACAGAAUGAAACGUCAGAGGCCGGACGACCCCAUGGCCUCUUUCCUUGGACAGCAGUAACUCGUCAGAGAAGGGUAUCAGCACAGACAAAACAAAUAGGUUCUUUUCCAUUCUUGCUGGUAACUGCAUAGAAAAAUCCUUAUCUCCUCUUGCUGCCUGACUUUAAUAAAGCUUUGAGAUAUCUCAAAGUAAAUUACUUCUUUUCCACACUGAAGAAAUGAAGAAAAAGAAGGGGUACAUUAAGUAUAGAUUAACAUUUUAAUUUCCCAGCCUGCGCCGUGGCUCAAUAGGCUAAUCCUCCGCCUUGCGGCGCUGGCACACCGGGUUCUAGUCCCGGUCGGGGCGCCGGAUUCUGUCCCGGUUGCCCCUCUUCCACGCCAUCUCUCUGCUGUGGCCAGGGAGUGCAGUGGAGGAUAGCCCAAGUGCUUGGGCCCUGCACCCCAUGGGAGACCAGGAUAAGUACCUGGCUCCUGCCAUCGGAUCAGCGCGGUGUGCCGGCCGCGGCAGCCAUUGGAGGGUGAACCAAUGGCAAAAGGAAGACCUUUCUCUCUGUCUCUCUCUCUCACUGUCCACUCUGUCUGUCAAAAAGAAAAAAAAAGGAAAAAAAAAAUUUAAUUUCCCAACUUUUUAUCAGUGAUACAAAAGAAACCUUGGUUCACUACCUAUCAACAGUGUCUCCUUGUCAACAUUUGAGCCUAAAAUUUCCUCAGUUUAUGUGCACUACUACACAUUUUGAAGGUAGAUUAGUUUCUCUUUCUGUAAGCCAUGGCUACAUUCUUUUAAACUAUUAGUACCUAUAAUUGUGGUUAUUAAAUGAUCAUUUGUUUCUGCCUUCUAAGGUUUUCCUUGUCUGAAGCUAAAAAAGUUAUUCAACACUGGUCUUCAAGAACUGAAAGGAAAUCCAUAGAAAAUAUAAAUAACCUUACCUCCUAUGUCAAUCUGUGAAGUAAUAAAUCUAUUUUUCAUUUGGUUAUUACAUUUUGAUUUUUAAUGCAUUGCCUUGUAUAACCAGAACUAAAUUUGUGGUGGUUUUAAUGGAAAAACAGUGCUUUUUCCUCAUCCUUCAGUCAGUAUUGACCAGUCAGUACUAGUUGUUUUAUCAUUCUGGACAUGAGAUUUUAGAUACAGAAAUCCUUCCUUUCUUUCUUUUUAAGACAUUUAUUUAUUUGAAAGACAGAGUCACAGAGAGAGAGAAUCUUCCAUCGCUUGUUUACUUCCCAAAUGGCCACAUCAGCAGGAGCUGAGCCGAUCUGAAGCCAGGAGCUUCUUCCUGCCUCCCAUGUGGGUCCAGGGGCCCAAGCACUUGGGCCACCUUCCACUGCUUUCCCAGGUGGGUUAGCAGGAAUCUGGAUCAGAAGUGGAGCAGCUGGGACACAAACUGAGAAAUCCAUUCUUAAUCAUACUUCUGUAGGACAUGGUUUGGGAUACAAUUUGUUGUUUUGUGAUUGCCUUUCUGUAACAAUCAUGAAUAUUAGAUUUUAAAAGAUUGUAGACCACCUGAUGUCUAAUAAUAUACCUUAUACCUAAUACCUAAUAGGUACACUACCUAAUCUUCCCAGCCAGCAGGUAUCACUUUGUAAAAUUUAUAGAGAGCAAAACCUGAAGUCGAAGGUUUCUCCAAAGAAUUACAAGGAUGGCUUCCAGGGUUAUUAGUAACUACCAUGAUCCUGAAGCAGCUUCUGUGAACAUUGUGAAGAUAAUAGUGAUAAAGUGGGGUCAGUGAAAACAGCCUGUUAAAAAAAACCCUCACAUGAGUACCUUAACUUUAUUGUUUUCUAAGUUACCAAAAAUCAGUUGUAGGAUACUGCA